UGAGCACUUAUGCUUAUACCUAUGGCUGAAGGAAAUGAAACAAGAGUAAAUGAGUUUAUCCUCAUGAGCUUCUCUUCCCUACCUAUUAAAAUACAGUCAUUACUCUUUGUGACAUUUCUGAUUAUUUACCUCAUCACACUGAUAGGAAAUAGUCUUAUCAUUUUGGUUACCUUAGCUGACUCUAUGCUGCACAGCCCCAUGUAUUUUUUCCUUAGGAACCUGUCCUUCUUGGAGAUUGGUUUCAACCUAGUCAUUGUACCCAAGAUGCUGGGAACCCUGCUUGCCCAGGACACAACCAUCUCCUUCCUUGGCUGUGUUAUUCAGAUGUACUUCUUCUUCUUCUUUGGAGUUGCUGAAUGCUUCCUCCUGGCCACCAUGGCAUAUGACCGUUACGCAGCUAUCUGCAACCCUCUGCACUAUGCAGUUGUCAUGAACCAAAGGACUUGUGCCAAACUGGCUGCUGCCUCCUGGUUUCCAGGCUUUCCAGUAGCUACUGUGCAGACCACAUGGCUCUUCAGCUUUCCAUUCUGUGGCACCAACAAAGUGAACCACUUCUUCUGUGACAGCCCACCUGUGCUGAGGUUGGUCUGUGCAAACACAGCACUAUUUGAGAUCUACGCCAUCAUUGGAACUAUUCUGGUUGUCAUGACUCCCUGUGUGCUGAUCCUAUGUUCCUAUACUCGCAUUGCUGCCGCCAUCCUCAAGAUUCCCUCAGCUAAAGGGAAGCAAAAAGCCUUCUCUACCUGCUCCUCCCAUCUCCUUGUUGUCUCCCUUUUCUAUGUAUCUUCAAGCCUCACUUACUUUCGACCCAAGUCUAAUAAUUCUCCUGAGAGCAAGAAGCUGCUGUCAUUGUCCUACACUAUUGUUACUCCCAUGUUGAACCCCAUCAUCUAUAGCUUGAGAAACAAUGAGGUGAAGAAUGCCCUCAGCCGGACCUUCCACAAGGCUAUUGGCCUCAGAAACUGCAUUCUAUAGAUAUAAAAAGAUAAGACUAGAGUCUACUGAAUGGGGAAAAAUAAGUUUCAGGUCUGGGAUUCCUCUCU